CCAUUCUGGUUUCCCAAAUCGAACACAACAUAGGGAACUAGAGGACUCUGUGAGACCCCAUUUCUGUCUACCUCUGUGAAUACUGAGUUUUCGGAGCAGUAGAGACUCGGGCUUUAGCCCUUUCAUCUGAAGUGAAGGGGGGCUUACAGAAGUCACAGCACCAGAGGAAACUGUACAUGAAGCCGAUCCAAUCCGUAGCGCCUCCAGGAGCUCUUCUCUGUGCUUGCCCAAAUUCAAUCCUUAGCAACUCCUGUCUGUGCUUGGGCAAAACGCAUCUGCAAGAAGGUAAUGGUAAUAGAAUUGAGGUCCUCAACUCUUCUCUCUAGUUGCCCGAAACUGAAAUGCAGAUACCAAAUUGAUGGUGGGUCCAACCUCCAUGAUGAAAUGGUCACCAAAUUGGAGGGAUUUAAGUAAUUUAGUAUGGGCUGUUGGCAUUGUGUGAUAUAUAAUUAAAAUUUUGCAGGGGAAUGGAUUUGUAAUAAUAAUGUGGUUGUAAAGAUUUUGAAGAUCCUUGGCUGUUAACGACGAAAUUUGAGGUGGUGGCAAAAGGAAGUGAAAGGAGGAGGCUUUGAAAGUAUGGAAACAUCAAGCAUGGAGAGGUCUGGUAAGAUGGACAGGGGUGGAGAGACAUCAAAGGGUGGUUAUAGUGAUUCAGGGUAUUUGGAUGGUUGUGAAAGGUCAAGUCACAGGGCACCGGCAACAGAGAGUGGGCAUAUGUCGGUCGAACAUAUGGUUAGUGAAAGUAGUGAUGAUAAUGGUGUUGACAUUAUUGCACCGAGGAAAGAAGAUGUUAUGGGGAAAGAGUUUAAAACGAUAAAAUUAGCGGAAGAAUAUUAUAUGAGUUAUGCGAAGGGCAUUGGAUUUAGCGGGAGAAAAAACAAAUUGGUUCGAAAUUCGGAAGGGAAAGUAUGUAGGAGACGGUGGUGUUGUUCUAAAGAAGGUUUGAGAAAUGAGAAGUUUAAUGAUCGAUCAAAUAGGAUGGUAGAUAUUUUAAUAAGCAUAGUUUUGUUUGUCUUUGCGCUAUACAUUAAUCAGCGUAGCGUUGUUAAGCUUUGUUCAGUUUGCACACAGGGGAUCAGUAUUUGCAUUGAACACAUGCAAUUGCAUGACGAUGAUGCAAUGCAAGUCCUUCUGUGCGCAAACCCCUAA